AACAAGAGAGUAGCUCCAGAAUUAAAGGAGAGUCAACAAGGAGUUGAGUUUUGCAGUUCAACAUCUAAACAACCAGGAUGGGGCUCAUUUGAGAGGAACGAGAGGUCCCCGUUCGUUGGGAUGGAGGAGCGCUGGGAGACACAGUGGCAGCAGUUCCUCAAGACACUGCAACCGGUUCACCCAGGAGGUGACAAGUCCAAGAUGUCGGAAGCUUCUCCCUGGGAAGACCCCAAGGUCUUCCUGGCCAACUUCGAGCAGGUGGCCCAAGCCUGUCAAUGGCCCAGAGAAGAGUGGGUGGCUUGUCUCCUGCCGGCCUUGAGCGGAGGAGCCGAAGUGGCCUUUCAGAAGCUGGAAAUGGGAGAACGGGAGAACUAUGGGAAGGUGAAGGCUGCCAUCUUGAAAGGGGAAGCCACCAAAAUGGAGGCCCGGCGUCAACGCUUCAGGCAGUUCUGCUGCCAGGAGGUGGAAGAUCCUCGGAUGGUUUACAAGCAGAUCCAGGAACUUUGCCACCAGUGGUUGAAGCCGGAGAGACGCACCAAAGAGCAGAUCUUGGAGCUGCUGAUCCUGGAGCAGUUCCUGGCCAGCCUGCCUCCAAAGCUUCAGAGCUGGGUUCAACCCAGGAGGCCGGACACAUGUUCCCAGGCGGUGGCUCUGGUGGAGGACUUCCUGCGGAGUCAGCAAGGGACCAAAUCGGAAGCAUGUCAGGGGCCACCAAAUGAAGAACCCGCCAAUUUCGAAUGUGCGGAGAAGGAACCCUUAGAAGCCGUGAAGGGAGAAAAUGUCGAAGUGGAGAUCGGUAUGCUGGAGAGCAGACCGGGAACAGAGAUCAAAAUGGAGAAUCGAGGAGAGGAACCGAAAUCAACACGAUGGAGAGAUCAAAAGUUUAGUUCUGGGAAUCUGCCAAUAAAAGUAGAAAUGGAAGAAGGAGGUUGCAAGUCAAGAGAGCAGCAGCUGAAGCCCGUCCAUACUUUGCUUCAACAGGAAUUUUCAAUAAGAGCCGAAGUAAAGGCCACUACGUGCAAGCAGAGUAAUACGCCCUUAUUCUCCCAACAUGAUAGAAGAUACCACUAUCAACUGGAACUGAAUCCUGUGUCUUCUGUGGAAAAAUUGGAGCAAUGUCCACAAAGGGUUGAGGACAGCCACCAGCAUACUUCCAUGAGGGGUCAAGAGGCAAAACACAUCCGAAGUGAGCAAAGAGUUGAAAUCUCUGAUAAAGGAACAGGGGAUAAUUUGAAUGAUCUUGGGAAAACACGUAAUAAUUCUCCCGAAUAUGAGAAAACCUUGACUAACCCAAACUCACUAAACAGAUUCCCGGUGUGUAAUCCCGAAGAGGAAUGGUACGAGUGUUCCCACUGUGGGAAGGGCUUCAAUAAAGCCAAAUACUGGAAACAGCACCAGAAAAUUCACACCGGGGAGAAGCCGUACAAAUGUUCCCACUGUGGGAAAUGCUUCAACCAGUCGGGCAACCUGAAGACCCAUCAAAGGAUUCACACCGGAGAGAGACCCUACAAAUGUUCCCAGUGCGGGAAAUGCUUCAGUCACACCAACUGUUUGAAGAUGCACCAGAGGAUUCAUACUGGAGAGACCUACAAAUGCACUCAGUGUGGGAAAUGCUUCCGAGAGACGGGAAUCCUGAAGAGGCAUCUAAGGACUCACACUGGAGAAAGGCCGUACACAUGUUCCCAGUGUGGAAAAUGUUUCAGCCUGGCGGGAAUCCUGAAGAGACAUCAAAGAACCCACACUGGUGAAAGACCCUACAAAUGUUCUCAGUGUGGAAAGGGCUUCAACCGGUUGGGAACGUUGAAGAAACACCAACGAAUUCACACAGGCGAGAAGCCGUUCAAAUGUUCUCACUGCCAGAAAUGCUUCAACGAGAGAGGAAAUUUGAAGAGGCAUCAGAGAAUCCAUGCCAGAGAGAACCUUAAUAUCAUUCAAGAACUCAUACUUGAAAAUGACCAUAUCAAUGUUAUCAAAGUGGGGAAAGCUUCUAUAGGGCAAGAAAGGCCCAAAGGAGGCUUCCGGACUCUGGGGAAGGCGAAAAACGGCCCGAAGUUCUGGGGCUGCCCGGAAAGGGUCCGGGGGGGAAAACGUUCGUCUGCUUGCGAUUUGAGAGGGCUGAGAGCAGAUAACUCGGCCAUGGAGAAACAAGUCUUAAAUCCAGAAGAAGGACCAGAAGCAGCUGGAAAACUCCCCUCUGCAAUCCAGCCUCAGUUUACGUCUGAAGAAGGAGGAUGGGGCGCAUUUGAGAGGAACGAGAGGGCCCCGUUCGUUGGGAUGGAGGAGCGCUGGGAGACACAGUGGCAGCAGUUCCUCAAGACACUGCAGCCAGUUCACCCAGGACAAGGCAAAUCCAAGAUGUCGGAAGCUUCUCCCUGGGAAGACCCCAAGAUCUUCCUGGCCAACUUCGAGCAGGUGGCCCAAGCCUGCCGGUGGCCCAGAGAAAAGUGGGUGGCAUGUCUCCUGCCGGCUUUAAGUGGAGAAGCCGAAGAGGCCUUUCAGAAGCUGGAAAUGGGAGAGCGGGAGAACUAUGGGAAGGUGAAGGCCGCCAUCUUGAAAGGGGAAGCCACCAAAAUGGAGGCCCAGCGUCAACGCUUCAGGCGGUUCUGCUGCCAGGAGGUGGAAGACCCACGAAGGGUUCAGAGCCAACUUCAGGAGCUUUGCUGCCAGUGGCUGAAACCGCAGAGGCGCUCCAAAGAGCAGAUCCUGGAGCUCUUGAUCCUGGAGCAAUUCCUGGCCAGCCUGCCUCCGAAGCUCCAAAGCUGGGUUCAAGUGGGAAGACCCGAGACGUCUUCCCAGGCGGUGGUCCUGGUGGAGGACUUCCUGAGGAACCAACAAGACGCCAAAUCAGGGUCGUACCAGGGCUCAAUGAAUGAAGAACAUGUCGAUUUCUUAUAUUCAGAGAAAGAGACCUUGGAGGCUGUGAAGAGAGAAAAUGAAGAAGUGGAAAUCAGCAUGCUGGGACCUGAAAUCAAAUCCUCGAGCCACCCCAGCCCAUUAUUUCCUUCCGAAAGAUUUGGGAUGGCCCAAACAGCAGUGAGAGAGGCAUUCAUGGGUCUGAAGGAGACAGAGGCGUCUUUGCAGGCACCCGAGGGGAAGCCGACACAGCCACUUCAACCACCGGUCGCCUGGCAAGUCCUGCAGGAGGAAGAGGAGAAUGUAGGUAGUUUAGAGAGCAGACUGGAAACACAAUUCAAAAUGGAGAAUUCUGAGAAUCGAGGAGAGGAAUUAGAGUCAACAUGCAGGAGAGAUCGAGAGUUUAGUUCUGGGAAUCUCCCAGUAAAAGUAGAAAUGGUGGAAGAAGACCACAAGUCGAGAGAGCAGCAGCUGAAGCCCACCCUGGGGUGUGAGAACCAACAUAUUUCGUUACAACAGGAAUUUACUCCUGCUAUUACUGCUGAAAAGGCCGCUAUUUCCAAGGAGAAUAAUAUGUCUUUGUUCUCCCAGUACGAUAGAAGAUACCUCUACCACGUGGAGCUGAAUGAGGUGCCUUCUACGGAUAAAUUAGAGCAAUACCCUCAGAGAUUUGAGGACAGCUGCCAGCGUACUUCAAGCACCAGUCCAAAAGAGAGAAACCUCAUCAUUGAGAAAAGGUUUGAAAUCUCUGGGAACGCAGGGGUUAAUAACGUGAGCGCCCACCCAAGCAGCCAUCUUGGAGAAACAGGUAACUCUUCUGAACGCGCCAACAGCGGCGUCAACUCUCUCAGCAAAAUCCCCGCUGGCAAAACUGAAGAAGGAUGGUACGAAUGUUCCCAGUGCGGGAAAUGCUUCAAUAAAGCCAAAUACUGGAAGCAGCACCAGAAAAUACACACCGGGGAGAAGCCGUACAAAUGUUCCCACUGUGGGAAAUGCUUCAACCAGUCGGGCAACCUGAAGACCCAUCAAAGGAUUCACACCGGAGAGAGACCCUACAAAUGUUCCCAGUGCGGGAAAUGCUUCAGUCACACCAACUGUUUGAAGAUACACGAGAGGAUUCACACUGGGGAGACCUACAAAUGUUCCCAGUGCGGAAAAUGCUUCCGAGAGACGGGGAUUUUAAAGAGGCAUCUCCGAAUCCACACGGGGGAGACGCCGUACAAGUGUUCGCAGUGCGGGAAAGGCUUCAACCUGAUGGGCACAUUGAGGAAACACCAGCGCAUUCACACCGGAGAGAAACCGUACAAAUGUUCCCACUGUGACAAAUGCUUCCGGGAAACGGGGAUUCUGAAGAGACAUCAACGGACUCAUACCGGAGAGAGACCGUACAAAUGUGCUCAGUGUGGGAAAUGCUUUACCCAUACCAAUGUUUUGAAGAUACACCAGAGGAUCCACACUGGGGAGACGCCGUAUAAAUGUACCCAGUGUGGAAAAAGCUUCAGUCAGAUGGGAAAUUUGAAAACCCACCAGAGAAUUCAUGCUAGAGACAACCUGAAUAUGGCACAAGAUGUUCCCUUUGUGAAGGACCACACAAAUGCCCCCCAUUUGGGGAAGACGCCGGGGAAGUCAGAGCAUCGGAGCAAAGAAUCGGGGGAAACGGCGAUGAAGGUACAAUAUUUUGCAGGAGCAGAAACCGAAGAAGGAGCAGGAAAGCCAACCAGUCUGGUUCAGCCUCUGUAUAUGACGGAACUGCCGACAUGUGGAGCGUCACAAAAAAUCAAAAUGGAGCUUCUGAGGGGGACGGAAGAGCGCUGGGAGGCCCAGUGGCAGGAGUUCCUGAGGAUGCUCCAUUCCGGAAGAGGUGGAAACCCCGUGAUGAUGUCAGAGGCCUCCCCCUGGGAAGACCCCAAGGCCUUCCUGGCCUCCUUUGAGCAGGUGGCCACAGCCUGCCGGUGGCCCGGAGGAGAAUGGACAGCCCGUCUCCGGCCGGCUCUGAGCGGAGGAGCGGAAGAGGCCUUCCAAACCCUGGAAGACCGAGACCAAGAGGAUUAUGGGAAAAGGCCGUUAAAGGAGGAUCGCAGGGAUUUCUUGGAGCUACGUGAAGAGGCCGAGAGGAGAAGCUUUGAAGAUGGCUGUCAAAGAGGCCUUGGAAUCCACUCUCCAAAUGAAGCUAAUUCGAUUCUUUUUUCAGAAGAAGAAGGCAGGGUCUCAAAUGGUGAGAGAAAGAGUUGUACAGAACAACCCCAGAUGGUUGCGUCUUUGCCAGUCGUCAAGCGGCCGCUCUCCCGACCAAGCCAAGAAACCUUCGCUUGGAAAGUCCUCCAAGACAAUUGUGAGAACGCUGGCAGCUCGGGGGAUGGAAAGAGAAGUUUGGUGAAAGUGGAGACUCUUCAGGAUGGAGAAAAGAAGGCAGGAGAGGCACAUGGGGCCCUUCCACUGCUGAAUUUGGGGAAUGUCACACCAGUCAUGGAAAGACUGGAGGGAAGAAGCGAAUCCCAAACCCGGAACGAAUGCGCUCGGCGUGCUGGGAGUUGUACGGUUGCCACACUCGAAAAUACUACAAACCCCACUUGGGAUAAAAUGCCACCGUUCUCCUGUUACGGCAGAAAAUACCGCUACAGAUUUGAACUUGGAAUGCAACCUUCUGGGGAGGAAUACAAAACACACCCUUUGUCAGAGGAAAACCUGCUGCCUAAUUCAUCUUUUUAUAAACUGGGGAAAAUCCUCACCGCAAAUCGAAGCUACGAAGCCUCCGGACACGGGAACGGGAGUGGUUUGAAGAUCUUUCCGAGCCUCCGUGCGGAUUGGAAGGCGAUUAGCGGUGCCGAAAGCGGGAAGAAUGUUAGUUGCACGCAGCCGCUGAAUAGAAUACAAAACUUGGGAACCGAAGUGAGGAUCAAUAAAUGCUUUCAGUGUGGGAAGUGCUUUGCUCAGAAGGGGGAUCUUAAGAAUCACCAACGCAUUCACACCGGCGAGCAACCGUACGAGUGCUCUUUCUGCGGAAAAUGCUUCAACCAGAAGGGAAACUUGAAGACCCACCAGAGGAUUCAUACCGGAGAGAAGCCCUACAAAUGUUUGCAGUGCGGGAAGUGCUUCAUCCAGGCGGUCCUUUUGAAGAACCAUCAAAGGACCCACACGGGGGAGAGACCCUACAAAUGCUCUCAGUGCGGGAAAGGUUUCAACCUGGGAGGAGACUUAAAAAAGCACCAGAGGAUUCACACGGGCGAGAGGCCGUAUAAAUGUUCUCUGUGUGGGAAAGACUUCAGCCAGAUGGGAAACUUGAAGAAGCACCAGACCAUUCACAUGGGGGAGAGAUGAUAAAAGUGGUCAGUGCAUAAAAAGCAUGAAUGGUGUAAAGCAGGGAUCUUGGCAAUUUUAAGAAACUUGUGGACUUCAACUCCCAGAAUUCCUCUGCCAGCCAUGUUAUUUUGACAGCUUGAACAUGUAUGGACUUCAACUCCCAGAAUGCUUGCUGGCUGAGGAAUUCUGGGAGCUGAAGGCCACAAGUCUUAAAGUUGCCACGGUUGAAGAACCCCGGUGUAAAGAAUAUGAGAAUAGUUAUCAGACAAAGAAUCCUUGCACCCAGAGAAAGUUUGAAAAUUUAUAAAUAAUAAUAAUAACACCUGAAAACACUGAAUUAUUUAAAAAGUAUUUUUCUUUAAAUAGAUUGUACUCACAAGUGACCCCCAGCUCCAGCUUCAGUUAGAUGCUUGUAACCCUAAAGCAGUAUUUGUAAAUCUCAAUACCUUUAUAAGACAUCCACAUGUCAACUCCCAGAAUUCCCCAGCUAGCACAUAUUCUGGGAGUUUGAAGCGCACACGUCUUCAAGCUGUCAAAGUUGAGAAGUUUGGCUAAAAAUGUACGGUAAGUAACUCAGAGUGUCAGCCUUCCUUUAUCUUAGGAUAUCAAAAUAAAUAAACCUGUCUCGAAAAAUACUCUUUA